AUGUCUGGUAAAACAGUUUCUCGUUUGUUUGUGCUGUUCGCUUUAAUUGGUACUUUUCUAUCGAUUGAAGGUGAUGUUGCCGGUGACGGUGCGGCACGGUACGACCACUACCGAUUGUAUCGCGUCGAGUUAGCCACGGAGGAGCAUGUGCAGUUGUUUGAGCAGCUGGAAGCACAGAGUGAUAGCUGCACGUUCUAUGGCCAUGCGCGACAACCGGGCCAGCAGCUAACGAUCAUGGUGUCUGCCAGCAAGGUGGCCGAUUUUGAGGAUCUGCUCGCACUGCACGCGGUAAAGGGCCGUGUGCUGGAGCGCAAUAUGCAGCAGUUAAUUGAUCGUGAAGCGGCCACGGUGCAACCGGUCACGACGGACCCGAGCACGCUGGACUGGGAGCACUACUAUCAGCUGGAAACGAUCUACACCUGGAUGGAUUGGAUUGCACGCAUGCAUCCCGAAUGGGUGACAACAUUCGAAAUUGGGCACAGCUACGAGGGUCGUCCUAUAAAGGGGUUAAAGCUGUCGCGCCGCCCGGCCAAUAAAGCGAUCGUGGUGGAGGGUGGAAUACAUGCGCGUGAGUGGAUUUCACCGGCAACGGCAACCUUUCUGAUGAACGAGCUGAUUACGUCGGAGGAACCGUCCGUGCGGGAGAUCGGUACCGCGUACGACUGGUACUUCUUCCCGAUCGUCAACCCGGACGGUUACCGGUUUACCUUUACCGGGGAUCGACUCUGGCGCAAGAACCGCAAACCGUACGGACUGUGCCGUGGGGUAGAUUUGAAUCGCAACUUCGCCAGCAACUGGGGUGGCAUCGGUUCGAGCGAUGAUCCGUGCAGUUACGACUUUUCCGGUAGUAACUCGUUCUCCGAACCGGAAUCUCUUGCGCUUGCCAACUUCUUGCAGGCGAACGUUGAUGUAGCUCGCAUCCGGACGUACAUUGCGCUACACUCAUACUCCCAGCUGCUCAUGUUCCCGUACGGGCACACCGCGGAAAAGGUCCCGAACUACAACGAUCUGCAAUCGAUCACGGAUAAAGCGAUCGAAGCACUGACAUCGGUAAACGGGACGGAAUACCGGGGCGGUAGCAAGCACGAAACCAUCUACCCGUCCAGCGGUGGUUCGAUCGACUGGGCGUACAAAACCGGCGGCGUACCGGUGUCACUAACGUUCGAGCUACGCGGACCACCGGACUCGACCGACAUGUUUAUCCUCCCAGCGGACCAAAUACUGCCGGUCGGUCGGGAAACGCUCGCCGCAUUUGUAGCGAUUGUGCGUGAAGCGGCACGGCUCGGUUACUACGACAACUAG